CUCUCUUUUCCGGUGCUCUCCUGCAGCGCAUCGAGCUGAGCUCACCUCCUUCUUUUCAAUCUCCUACCACCGAAAUCACGGAAGACCUCGCAACUCUUUUUUUUGUCCCGACCCGGGCUCGCUGUCCACUCGCCUGCUCGUCUCGGUGCGGAUGUAGGCUGCUGGGCUCCGUGUGGAUGAUAGCCUACCCUCAAACUUUCCAGACACAUCUGUUGCAAAUUGACGACUACAGACCUGUUGUGAACUGUAUCUCUGGGUGUUUGGUGUCGGGAAACACAGAGACUACUGAAGAGACUACUGAAGACCAAGGGGACCAGGCGGUGCUGCAUCAGGGUCUGAGCGGCACCACAUGCGGAGGAAGAGCGCUUCUGUCCUGUGAAUAUUCCGCUAGUGCGACCACGUUGUGGUUCUUUUCGUCGAGCAGCCUUACGCCAUCAGGGUCCCGGUGGAAACCAGCAUUCCCCCCCACCCCCCAACCCAAACCCAAACUUCCCUGAUCCUGCUCCAUUUCCUCGCCCUUCGCCUUAAGACAGACCGCUUGUGGAUCCUCUCUGAACGCUGAACCCUCAACCCUCGAGGUGUAGUAGGCCGAUAAAGGUCUGGAUUGAAUGUCAUUUCGCUGUGAUCAAAGCAGAGGAGGGCUUUGACACACGUACACACGGGAGUGGAUUUUAAACGAGGGUCUCAUCGACGGACUCUGGAGUCCUGCCGUGGAGCAUCUGGUGCGAAGGGGAAGUCCACCGGAUCAUGUUUACAUCCUCCUCUCCAGACCUGCUGACUGUGAGGUGCAGAUCAGGUUAAAGAUCUAACCUCAGAGAUCCCCUCAGGCCGCUCCGACCUACCUGGGAACCACCAGACUUGACAGAAGGGUUCCCCAGCUGCUGCUGCCUCUGGACCAGGUGUGAGACCACGUGCCGAGGGCCCACAGACGCUUGAAGGAGACGACAGAAGAGGGGAAGAUGGCGAACAACGCUGCAGAGCACCCACCGGGGAACUCGGUGGCGGACCCCAGCCAGGAGGGGGACUUCGGCAUCACCACCAUGGACCUUAGGAACCUGAUGGAGCUGCGCAGCGCCGAGGCGGUGGCCAGCAUCAGGGACGGCUACGGAGACGUGCAGGGCAUCUGCCGCCGGCUCAAAACCUCGCCCAUAGAAGGUCUUUCUGGCAACCCUGUUGAUCUAGAAAAACGGCACGCUUCAUUUGGGAAGAAUUUCAUCCCACCCAAAAAGGCCAAGAGUUUCCUGGCACUGGUGUGGGAAGCUCUGCAAGACGUCACCCUCAUCAUCCUGGAGAUCGCUGCCAUCAUAUCCCUGGGCUUAUCCUUCUACCAUCCACCAGGGGGGGACAGUGAAAGUUGUGGUCAGGCAGCGUCCGGUGUGGAGGACGAAGGCGAAGCCCAGGCGGGCUGGAUCGAGGGCGCCGCCAUCCUCUUCUCGGUGGCCAUCGUGGUGCUGGUCACAGCCUUCAACGACUGGUCCAAGGAGAAGCAGUUCCGCGGGCUGCAGAGCCGCAUCGAGCAGGAGCAGAAGUUCACGGUCAUCCGCAAGGGCCAGGUCAUCCAGAUCCCUGUGUCGGAGAUCGUGACAGGCGACAUCGCGCAGAUCAAAUACGGGGACCUUCUGCCAGCCGACGGCAUCCUGAUCCAAGGCAAUGACCUGAAGAUCGACGAGAGCUCUCUGACGGGCGAGUCCGACCACGUCCGCAAGUCCCUGGACAAGGACCCCAUGCUGCUGUCUGGCACCCAUGUGAUGGAGGGCUCUGGGCGCAUGGUUGUGUCGGCUGUGGGCCUCAACUCCCAGACCGGCAUCAUCUUCACCCUCCUGGGGGCGGGCGACAGCGACGAGGAAAAGAAAGUCAAGAAAAGUAAAAAACAAGGACCCCCUGAGAAUCGCAACAAAGCCAAGACCCAGGAUGGCAUUGCUCUGGAGAUCCAGCCCCUGAAGAGCGAGGAGGCGGCCGAGUCGGAGGAGAAGGAGGAGCUGAAGCCAGUGAAGAAGGUCAACGUCACUAAGAAGGAGAAGUCUGUGCUCCAGGGAAAGCUCACCAGACUGGCCGUGCAGAUCGGGAAGGCCGGCCUCAUUAUGUCCGCCGUCACCGUCAUCAUCCUCAUACUGUACUUCGUCAUCGACACCUUCGGGGUUCAGGGCCGCACCUGGGAGUCGGAGUGCACCCCCAUCUACAUCCAGUACUUUGUCAAGUUCUUCAUCAUCGGGGUGACGGUUCUGGUGGUGGCGGUGCCCGAGGGGCUCCCCCUGGCCGUCACCAUCUCCCUGGCCUACUCCGUCAAGAAAAUGAUGAAGGACAACAACCUGGUGCGCCACCUGGACGCCUGCGAAACCAUGGGCAACGCCACGGCCAUCUGCUCGGACAAGACGGGAACGCUGACCAUGAACCGCAUGACGGUGGUGCAGGCCUACGUGGGGGACACCCACUACAAGGCCGUCCCUGAGCCCGACGCCAUCAUGCCUGACACGCUGGAGGUCCUGGUCAACAGCAUCUCCAUCAACUCUGCCUACACCACCAAGAUCCUGCCCCCAGAGAGAGAGGGAGGCCUCCCGCGUCACGUGGGCAACAAGACGGAGUGCUCCCUGUUGGGUCUUGUGCUGGAGCUCAAGAGGGACUACCAGCCAAUCAGGGACGAGAUCCCAGAGGAGAAGCUGUACAAGGUGUACACCUUCAACUCCUCCCGCAAGUCCAUGAGCACGGUGCUGAAGAACGCAGAUGGAAGCUUCCGCAUGUACAGCAAAGGGGCUUCCGAGAUCGUCCUGCGCAAAUGCUCCCACAUCUUGGACACCAAAGGUAAGCCGCGUAGCUUCAGCCCCAAGGACCGCGACGACAUGGUGCGCCGCGUGAUCGAGCCCAUGGCCUGCGACGGCCUGCGCACCAUCUGCGUGGCCUACCGCGACUUCCCCGCCGAGGCCGGCGAGCCCAACUGGGACAACGAGAACGACAUCCUGAACGACCUCACUUGCAUCGUGGUGGUGGGCAUCGAGGACCCCGUCAGACCCGAGGUACCAGAUGCCAUCUCAAAGUGUCAACGUGCUGGCAUCACUGUGCGCAUGGUCACCGGCGACAACAUCAACACAGCCCGCGCCAUAGCAACCAAGUGUGGCAUCCUUCUGCCCGGGGAGGACUUCUUGUGUAUGGAAGGCAAGGAAUUCAACCUACAGAUCCGCAACGACAAAGGAGAGGUUGAACAAGAACGUCUGGACAAGGUCUGGCCCAACCUGCGUGUCCUGGCCCGGUCUUCACCCACCGACAAACACACCCUAGUUAAAGGCAUCAUCGACAGCACCGUGGGGGAGACCAGGCAGGUGGUGGCGGUGACCGGGGAUGGCACCAACGACGGGCCCGCCCUCAAGAAAGCCGACGUUGGAUUCGCUAUGGGUAUCGCCGGCACUGACGUGGCCAAGGAGGCCUCCGAUAUCAUCCUCACCGACGACAACUUCAGCAGCAUCGUGAAGGCGGUGAUGUGGGGGAGGAAUGUCUACGACAGCAUCUCCAAGUUCCUGCAGUUCCAGCUGACGGUCAACGUUGUGGCGGUGAUCGUGGCCUUCACGGGGGCCUGCAUCACCCAGGACUCUCCCCUCAAAGCGGUGCAGAUGCUGUGGGUCAACCUGAUCAUGGACACCCUGGCCUCCCUGGCCCUGGCCACCGAGCCCCCCACCGAGUCUCUUCUGCUGCGCCGGCCCUACGGCCGCAACAAGCCCCUCAUCUCCCGUACCAUGAUGAAGAACAUCCUGGGACACGCCAUCUACCAGCUCGUCAUCAUCUUCACCCUCCUCUUCGCUGGUGAGAAGAUCUUUGACAUCGACAGCGGUCGCAACGCGCCACUGCACUCGCCACCGUCCGAACACUACACCAUCGUCUUCAACGUCUUCGUCAUGAUGCAGCUGUUCAACGAGAUCAACGCCCGCAAGAUUCACGGGGAGAGGAACGUCUUCGAGGGCAUCUACCGCAACCCCAUCUUCUGCAGUGUGGUCCUGGGAACCUUCGUCCUGCAGAUCAUCAUCGUUCAGUUUGGAGGUAAGCCCUUCUCCUGCACGGCCCUCACCAUCGACCAGUGGCUGUGGUGCGUGUUCAUCGGCGUGGGAGAGCUCCUGUGGGGACAGCUGAUCACCGCCAUCCCCACGCACCGCCUGAAGUUCCUGAUGGAGGCGGGCCACAGCAGCACCAAGGAGCAGAUCCAGCAGGAGGGCCUGAACGAGGGCACCGACGAGAUCGACCACGCAGAGAUGGAGCUCCGCAGGGGCCAGAUCCUCUGGUUCAGGGGCCUCAACCGCAUCCAGACCCAGAUUAAGGUGGUGAAUGCCUUCCGGAGCUCCCUGUACGAGGGACUAGAGAACCCCGAAUCACGCAACUCCAUCCACAGCUUCAUGGCCCACCCCGACUUCGCGUCGCUGUCCUCGGACAACGAGGACCCAAUCCCCACGAUCCAGGAGACGGGAGACGAGAUCACCGGGCCCUAGCUGGACCUGCCUCCCUCCACCAUACUCUCACCUUCCAUGAUUGGGCUUUAUCUAUACACAUGUCUAUAGAUAUAGAUAUAUAUCUAUAGACAUGUAUGUAGAUAUCUAUAUCUAUAUCUAUAUAUUGUUUAUACACUAUGUCCUUUUUUGCUCAGCCCUCAUGUCUUUAUAUCAUCGGUCUCUUUAAGUCCCCCUAACCUCUGGUGAUUCUCAUUCAUUCACCAAACUCAUGAAGCGGUCCUCCCACUUGCCCGUCCCUGCCAACAGGCUUUUGGGGCCCCACGCGCACAAACACAUUACCUGGAGUCCAUCUGGGCCCCCUUUAAAUGUUCCUUUUCCAGCGGUAUCCCGGUGACCUAUGUUUUUAAUUCAGUCCGAGUUUUUGUCUGGUACCGAAGAAAAGCACGUCUGUUUGUUGUACAACUUCUCAAUGCUCUGGAAUGACACUACUGGAGCUUAUCCUUUAAGAAGAACGCGUCGGGCUUUGAUUCUUCAGCACAAACCCCUAAUGGUUUCUUAUCCAACCGAUGAGUCGACUGAUGCUUAAAAUACCGAAUAUGUCUAAGGAUUGUGUAUAGCUUCUAACUGUCCAAACGUUGUCUAUUGUCCCCAAGAAUAUUCCUAUCAUCUUUUUAUAAUUUAUAGUUUUCUCUGCAAAGACAGGACUAUGCUUAAUGUGUUGUCGGACUAAGUAGAACUAAUAGGCUUCUCUGCAUUAGGGUCGGUGCAUAGGGAAGGUGUUGGAGCAUUUGAUUUGCCCCUUUAUUUCUAGUUUUUGUAUUGUUUGACCUAAAUUUGGUGUGAACAUUUUUAUUUUAAGUGUGGAGUUUUAUAUUUUAAUUUUUACCAUUCCUAGCCCCUCUUGUGUGUGUAUAGGGGGGAGGGGGCUUUUAGCUUUUUAUUGUUAGGGUUGUUAGAUUGGAUUCUAGAAAUGCUAUUGAGUGUUUAAUGCAACCAACAUCCAUCUUGUGUGCAAUAUAAAUAUGUCAUUUUUUCAAAUAACAAGUCACUCGUAAGAGUGUUUCCAUCCUCCUACGUUGUUGUCUGCAGGCUGCGGUUUGAAUCGUAGACAAACAAAGCCGUAGGGAUACAGUAUCUUGAAAUGAUUCCUUUACUGUCAGCUUCUAAGUGUCACCCAGAGCCAUAUCUUAAAGGUGGUCUGUGACUUCAUUUUUCUGCUUUUGUCAUGACCCCUGCUCUCCCAUCAUAACCCUGAGGGGAAGAGUACAGCUCCAGUUGUCACUGCCGAACUAGGUUUAAAGGACCUCUGCAAUGUUUACAUAAAGUAAUGUCAGUGACGAUCGCCCGUCUUCUGAUCAGUCCUUCGGCCCUUGUGUGAGUCUUAUGUGCUCUAUUUAACCUAAUGGGCAAUCUUCUUGCAUGAUUUUCAUAAAAAAACAUAACUUUUCCCAUUUUUUUUAAAUCUUCUGUAUUUUUAUAUUAAGUACUUUUUAAUAUUUUAGAGAUUUGAAUACGUAUGUAAAGGCGUGAGUCUGGUGUUCGCACACAACAUCAAUGAACCUGUUUUGACGUAUGUCUUUUACACCUCUCUAUAGUUCUGCCAUGCUUCAUCUUCUCGUCAUGUGAUGUUGGGCUAAGAGAUGACAACUUGUUUACUUGGUGACCAUGCUACUGCGAUAUCAGCAAUCUGGUGUCAACUGGGCUUUAUUUAAUCUUUAUUGGAUUUGUACAAAUACGAAGUGAAGCCCCCCUUAACAGAGUUUUAAACGUGGAGGUUGUAUAAUUAUGAAUUGAUGAUAGUCCAAUUCAAUAUAGUUUUUUACCUUGGGAUACCAAAAGGAGGCUUUAGCUGGUGGAUAUUGUCAGGCGACCAUGAAGAGGUUUUCAGCUUUCCUUGUUAACCCAGGAAACCUUUUGAAGAGAGCAGAGCGGAUAACGGCUUCACCUGUUCCUCGUGUUGUGGGUCUAGACUAUUGGCUGCCUCAGCGUGGUGUCCUCAUCUCAACGCUCGGUUUACAUGCACCUUUCCAAAGGAAAUGGUUGAUAUUUUAUCCUUUGUUUAUCCAUCUUCUUCUGCCAAAUUUGCCAAAAACAUGCUUCUACAAAGAAUUUACUUUAAUAGUAGCGUGUCACAAAAUAAUGUAAAACUAGGCAGCGGUGAAGGAGAAGACAUGGUCCCCAGCUUAGCUUUAAGUCUUCAUAUAGAAUUCGAUUUUACAUUUGUCGCAUGUUGUUAAUGGCUACUUUCUGGCCAGGUCUCAGCCACCCAUCCCCACUGCUGACUUAAACUGUGUUGCUUGGCAGAUGUUGCAGAAAAGUGUGUGACUGAGGUGAUGGGGGGCUUGUGUCUCUGGGCUCACUGAUGCUAGCUUGACACAUUCUACAGACUGACACUCACUCCUGUGCAACAUUGUUUCCCAUAAUACUGACAACAUGACACCCAGGUCCCAUGUAAGUCUAAUGGGGGGGACUCUGCAAAACUCUAAUGCUAACUUCUGGAUCACAUCCUCACAAAAAUACUUUAUCAUUGUAUUUCACUUGACAUAUAGUAAAACCUAAAGAAAUCUAGAUUUCGAAGAUCUGUUAUUGCACAUCACAACUAAACUUCCAAAUUUCUAUUGCAUAGCCAUAAACAAUCUACACAAAUCUGAUUCCUGAAUUUAUAAUAGCUUCAGUUUUAUUUGCACAAAAAAAACUAAUCAUUUCUGUAAUUGGUAAUAUCCAAAAUAUUAGGCACUGGUGUUACUUUUAUAUAAACAUAAUAGCAUUUAUGUCGCAUGCAAGACCUAUAUACAAAACAUGGUUGUUUAAAGCAAUAUGUUGGACCUGGUGUGAUUGGUAUUGUUGUGUUCAGUGUAGCCUAAAGUCACUCUGUAUGAAAAAGAAAAAAGACUCCAUUUGGAUUAAGCUAACUGCUCAAUAUGUGUUCAGUGUUCUGCAUGUUUUUGUAUGGAAUGAAGUGUCCCAAAUGUGACCCGCUUUAAAACAACUUUUAUAACCCCAGUACACACUUAACAUGCAAACAUACAUGCAGACUUAAAUGUAAACAUAUAUACUUGCACUGCAAGGUGGAACACACUGAGGAAAGUCUGACUGAAACAUGCCCUUUAGAGAUUGACAAUGGAUGAGUUACUGGAAAGACAUGGGAUUAUUCUUAUUAAUUGAAUUUGACACAAAUUCAUCACUUCAAAACCAUCACAAUGUUUUUACUGACAUGCAUGUUGUUUGAAAUUAACAUCUGCAUUUUUACAGAAAUCAUAUAUUCAGAUUUACUUUUCAUUUAAAUCCUUUCAAAACAUUUGAUUAUACUAUUUGUCAAUUCAAUCAAUAGAUGAUUGCAAAAGUUUUUCCAACACAUUUUCUCUUCUUUCAGACAGUAUAUUAUUUAAAAUAUUUCAUUUUUUGCUCCUGUAACAAAACACUGUUGUUACCCCGCACCUCACACCUGUGUCAGCUACCUGUGUUCAUGUCCAUAAGAACCUGACAUCUUGAUCACACAUUAAGGGCUAGAGACUUGAGAAAGAUCCUACUAGCACAUCCGGACCACUGAGGUAGGGAGAUCUUCUGAGGAUUUGGAGAAAAAAUUCGAGGAAAGGAUUGUUUUAAGUUUGUCUAUUUUUUUUAUAUUGGUUAAUUUGGGUUUGUCCUCAAGAGAAUAAUCCACUUCAUUUCGAGGCUGGCUUUGUUCUUUGAUUUUACCCUGGGAGUAUUACACAUUGAAGACAACAUAUAUUAGAGAUAUAGUUGCCAUAAAAAAGCACAUUUUCUCUGACUUUAAAACCUAUUAAAACUGCCAUAUUUUGUAUCGGGGUUUGUGUAAUUGUUGAUUUAACUUGGCGGAAGCUGACUUCAGGAGCAGACGUUGAGAGAGGAGAAUGGAAGGAAUACUUGCUUGUUUCCAUGUUGUCAUUUCAUAAAACAUUGUGCAUCUCAUUCAUUCUGGUUUUACUUUCCUCUGCUUCCAUAUGCCUCCACCACAGCGUUUAGUAACAUGGCUUUGAUUUCAACAUCUUUUGUAUAGGAUAACAAACAUUUCCCAUCUGAGAAACUGCCAUGUUUGGUUUACGGUUAGAAAGUGAUCUUCCGCCACAUAUAAAUUGGGUGAAGUUGUUUUUCCUCAGUGUGUGUCCUUUCCUUACCCACUAUUUCUGUCUUCAAUAUAACAUAUCCUGUGUUCCUUCAGUGUCCCCCAAUGUGUUUCUCUGUUGUCACGCGUCAACUUGUUAUUCCAGUUUGCUUCAAUCUAUGCAACAUAAUGAUUUGAUUUGUUGAGCUCCGCUCCCUUUGCUUGACCUCCUAACAUGUGUUUGACCUCCUAACAUGUGCUGCCGUGUGCUUGUCUCUGUCUCAGUGGACGGCAGUUUGGUUAUCAUUUUAUCAUUUCAGUUUGCACUGACGGAAUCACAAUACAUGUGCAACUCUGUAUAUGUGUAAGUGUGCGCAUAAGGUGUGCACUAACCUAUUUUCUUUACUCUUUUGUAAUAUAUGAUCAUGUGGAAUGCUUUGGUCUAAGUGUCAUGUCAUUUGAAUGCAUCAGAACAACAAAAUAAUGAUAAUCAAGCAAUUGAAGAUACUAUAUAUUUAUAUCUAUGUAUGGAUAUAUAUCUAUAUGUAGAUAACUAUAUAUAUGGAUAUAUAUCUAUAUGUAGAUAUAUUCAAAGCCAUCAAAUUUGAAGCACCUGAGGGUCAACUCAAUGUUGAGCAUGUCCUGUAGAUUCCUGCGCAACACAGACGACUAGUCUUUGGUGUGCCGAUAAAGAAUGUUAAUUUAUAGGCUGUAAUAUUCAUUUACUCUUGCCAAUGAAUAAAGUACAAUGUAAUCUUAUUCAGCAACCCUGACGUCUGCAAUCUUUUGUCUGGUGCCCCCUCCUGCUCCAGGCUCCUCCUCCAUGGGACGAGGUAAGGAGGCACUGAACUCAUGAUGGCUCGCCAAAAUUAGAAAUAACCCACAGAAAUGUAUAGCCACAGAUUAAACCAUUUUUUGGAAUUGUAAGAAUCCUAUGUCAAGGGAUUUUGACAAAUAUCCAAAAUAUUGAAAUCUGUCUGCUCCGAGCUAUAGUACGGAGAGAAGAUACAGGAUAUGCUGCUAUGACUAAGCUUUGCAAAGACAUUAUGUAGCUUACCUUAAUACAUAAAUAAUUGAUUUUGGUUUGCGUGUUGAGUCAAAUGGAGGUGACCUAUUUUAUUAUAUGAACAAUUUAAAG